CUUCAACAAGGUAUUGCUUUAGGCACCAAUGCAUGAUGGUUUCUGGCCUUCAGCUUGAUUGCGUCCUAGUCUUGAUUCAGGUGUUGAUCGGCAGCUCUUGGAAUUUUGGUCCACCAAAAUCGAAGCUCUAUUUACGUCGCCGAGCAUUCUCGGAGCAUUCUGAAGUUGAGUUGGACUCCGAUGGGAUUCCUGUUGAAUGGGGAUGCCUGGCACACUCUUAUCAUAAUCCGGAGCUUUGGGAAGAAGAUGACGUUGUUCUUGGAAAAGGCGCCUUUGGCAUCGUUGCGCGGGGCAUCAACAAAGAGACCGGCGAACUUGUGGCAAUCAAGCGAAUUUCACCCACACACUAUUUGGCGGUUGCCACAGCCAUAAAUGAAGUUGAAGCUGCAACAAGCCUUGGCGAGCAUCCGAACAUCGUGCAGAUGAAAGCUCACUUCCUCGCUCCUCGCCAAGAAGGACAAAAACACCGGGAUGUUGUACUUGUUUAUAGAUUGGCCUUGGGAGGCGAUCUACAGCAAUGGAUAAACAAGCAGCAUGGCAACUCAUUCAGUGUAAACUACUUGGAACCCAAGUUUACCGAUGAAGCCUUGCGCAUCAUGCGACAGCUCGCUGCUGGCUUGCAACACAUUCAUUCAAAAGGCAUUCAGCACCGCGACCUAAAGCCUGCGAACAUUUUGCUGAGUGCAGGUUGCACUGCUUUGGUUGCAGAUUUCGGCAUUUCGCUGGUGAACCGUUCUUCUCAACGACUACAGGGGCAUGCGGCCUUGGGGGAUUUCUACUUUAUUGAUGUAGAUUCGCUUGUAACAAAGGAACUCCCAUACACUUUGGAUGACGAUAUUUACUCGUUGGGUGAAGUUUUUGUCCAUAUUCUAUUUGGUCGCUACGCAACAGGAGUGGACUUAUGGCGCUUUGUCCAACAGAAUCCGCAGGAAAACAUGCCAACUGUUGUUUCUGUACUGAAGCAAAUGCUUGACCCAAGAAGUGAACGCUGCAGCUUGACGCAUGUUGUGCAAGUCUUAGAUGAUUUGCGCUUUUCACCCAAGCAGUCCGAUCCUCGUCCUGUUGUCAUGAGCAUGUUUUUGGGAAUUGGAAGUGUGGCCACAGUGAGCGCAGUGAUGAAUCACCUGAAGAAAAAAGAAUUUCGCAAACGAGACAUGUCUGUAUUUUCAAGGCAGUCCAAGCUUCGAGCAAGCUUUUGUGUUUACCAGGUGCAAGGACAGCGUGCAUCUUUGCAGGAUUACUACUGUCAUGCGCGCAUUCCGUGGGCUACUCAUACUGGAGCCAGGUCCUGGCGGCUUUUAGGCAUGUUCGAUGGACACGGUGGCAAGGACUGUGCGAAAUUUGCUGCGCAGUUUUUGCCACACGAAGUCAGAAGAAUGUUGCAAGAAAAGGAGCAGGAAGCACAAUUGGUAAGAGAUGUGGAAGGACGCUCCAAACUCUGCUCGCAGUGUUUCAUCGCUGUUCAAGCCUUGCAGUGUGCUUUGGAGAGCCUGGAUCGUUUCUACGUGAAGUUUCGUGAGAGGAACAACAACAUGGACCUUUGUGGGGCUACAGCAUCGGUAGUUUUGCUAUCCCCAGAUGGACAACAUGCUGUUGUUUGUAAUAUUGGAGAUUCUCGUGCGGCCCUGGUGGGGGAUUGGAAGUUGCUUCAGCAUUCGGGCACGCCCCCUGAACAGGUCUCUGGAAUGGUCAUAUCGCAUGCACAUCGUGUGAGUGAUCCGGAGGAAAUUGCUCGUAUUGAUGCAGCAGGUGGAUUUGUUGAGUAUGGUGCCAACGGGCAUCGAGUGAAUGGUGUGUUGGGUGUUUCGCGUGCCAUUGGCUACUGUGGGAUGCGAGACUUCGCAGAUCUGGUGCCAUCACUGUCGGACAGUUUCAUUGCACGGAGAGACGUUGAUAACAGCGCGCUGGUGGCCCUAAGUAGCGAUGGGCUUUUUCGAACGCAUCAGCUAAAAGAGGCCGAGGCCAUCUUCAAAGAGCUUGCAACUGCGGAAAGCUCUGCUGUGUUGGAGCAGAAAGUGGUCAAAGUUGUGAGUGCAGCUGGUGGUGGAGUCGCUGCAGAUAACAAGGACAACGCAACUCUGCUGGCAUGUUUGUUGCCACCUCAGGUCUGAAUCUCUUCUAGCAAAAGAGCCCGCCUGCGUUGCACUUUGGUUCUGAG